GACAAUAGUUCGAUUAAAAUUGGAAGCUUCGGGGGUAAGAACAUAAGUUUUGAAAAGUAUUUAUCUUUGUGGUAAAUCAAAGCUAAAAUUGAGGUCUAAAGGGCAAAAGGGUGUCAUAAUUGGUCUCUCGCGGUGGCUUGGCGACACGGAACAGAGAAUUAAUCGAGAAUCUUUUUCAGCUUGUAACCGGAAUUCAUGGCGAUGCAAGCCGGUGUUCAGACCUCUAAGGUCCUUAUCCUACUCGGCGCAGGUCUCUUUCUCACUUUGAUGCUUGUUUUAUUAUCUUUGCUUGUUGUAAUCAAAUUCGAUUCGUAUUGCUUUGACUCUCUAAUCUAGGGAAUUGUUUUAUGAAGAGUUAGGGUUUGAAUUUAUCUUGGCAAAUUGAUUGAUCACUUUGCUAAAAUGGUCCAGAACUUCUAAUCUUCAAUCGUUAGUGUAGUUUUGAUGGUAAUACAGCUUGGAUGUAGCAAGAAUGAUUUAGUUAUUCUAGCUUGGAUGUUCCAUUUAAUGACCUUUAAUGACACUUGGUUCUGUUUUCAUCAUGUCCAAGGUGUAUCUGGUUCGAUCGUAUUGAGACAUGGGAGGUUGUCUGACCUAAUAGCCCAACUUCAAGACUUACUCAAUGGUGCUCAAGGAGUUGAAAGCACUCCUUUUAAGUAUGACGGUGCACUCCUUGCUGCUCAGAUUCGACAGCUUGCAAACGAGAUCAAAGAACUAACUAUGACCAAUCCAGUUACCAUCUUUAAUGGAGAUUCAAACUCCAGUGGCUAUGCAUCUUACCUGGUUCCAGCGGCUGCCGUUGGAGCUAUGGGGUACUGCUACAUGUGGUGGAAGGGCUGGUCGUUUUCAGAUGCAAUGUUUGUGACAAAGAAAAAUAUGGCUGAUGCGGUUGCCUCUGUUUCGAAACAACUAGACGAUUUGUCAGACACAUUAGCGUCAACAAGGAAACAUCUUUCUCAGAAGCUAGCGACCUUGGAUUGGAAGGUGGAAGAGCAGAAUGAGACAUCUAAAAUGAUCUUAAGUGAUGUUACUGAGAUGAGAUCAAGCAUUUCGCAAAUUGGGUUUGAUUUUAAGCAACUUAAUGAAAUGAUUUCUGGAAUAGAAGGGAAGAUUGAAAGUCUUGAAAGCAAACAAGAUGUGACCCUCUCUGGACUAUGGCAUCUAUGUCAAGUUGCAGGCGUUAAAGACAGCACAAGUACUAAAGUAUUUCAGGAUGUUGGUGAGAGAUUACCUAUUGAUGGAAAACCAUCCACUAAUACUUCUCUCUCUGGUCUGCGGUUUCUGACGGAAGGCAAAGAGGAUGCAAAUGUAAUACACAAGCCGGUUAUGGCGAAAGAAAUUAUGGUGAUGGGGGAAAAAACAAAAGUCACUGCAGCGGGAAGAAGCAGAGUUCAUAGAGCGUUUCCAGGUGGAAUAUCUUGGGUACGGGAUGUUUCAGGACUAUCCUAAUAUUAUUUUGGUUGAUAUACAAAGAAAUUGCUUGUAUUCGUCCCAAAUUCUGAUACUGGGACUGGCAAUUAUUUUUUCAUGUAAAAAGAAGAAAAAUCUACAUAUGUUAUUGCAUCCACCAACAAUUUGGUUUGCCCCUAAUUAUAUUUGGUCUUGAUGUUUGUAAAGAAAGAGUGUGAUUAAGGCUUUCACGUAUGUUGAUGUCUUCAUUGAUUUGGACUUUUGUGCUCCUUUUUCCUUUUGUGUUUG